AUUUCUUCCAUUAAAAUACAUCUAUUGUUACUAAACUUGUUAAAAAUUAUACUAUGCGGCCGAUUUUAUCGAGAGCACCUUCUGAAAUAUAAAAAUGCAAUUGAUAAGGCAGACGUGAAUAUCGACCUGAACAAACUUCCCAGUAACGACGCAUAUCACAAGACCGGCGCGCAACUAAAUCCAAAAUUGGAAAAGCUCGAAUUCCCCAGAAACAAUAUCAUUUACGUCCGCGACUUGGGCCAAGGCGCCUUCGGCCGCGUUUUCCAAGCAAAAGCUCCCGGUUUAAUCCCCGGCGAAGAAUUCUCGAACGUCGCUGUAAAAAUGCUCAAAGACGAAGCCACUGACGAUCUCCUCGUCGAUUUCGAACGCGAGGCCUGUCUGCUCUCCGAAUUCGAUCAUCCCAAUAUCGUAAAAUUACUCGGCGUCUGUGCCCUGGGUCGACCAAUGUGUCUCAUUUUCGAAUACAUGGGUCGCGGCGACCUCAACAUAUUUCUCCGCUCUUCUUCCCCCGGAAACUACAUUGUCCGCAAUUUCGAGAACGAUGGCUCCUUCACCGAUUCUCAUGUGACGCACAUGGAUCUGAUCAAUAUUGGCACGCAAGUCGCCUCCGGGAUGGUUUAUUUGUCGGACCGGAAGUUCGUUCAUCGCGAUUUAGCGACGAGAAAUUGUCUGAUUGAUGAUCAGAUGGUGGUGAAGAUUGCGGAUUUUGGACUCUCGCAGAAGAUCUAUCUCCAGGAUUAUUACAAAGGCGAUGAUCAAGAUGCAAUUCCCGUGAGAUGGAUGCCUCUCGAGAGUAUUUUGUACAAUAAGUAUACAAUUGAGUCCGAUGUUUGGGCCUUUGCGGUCUGUCUCUGGGAAAUUUUCAGUUUUGCUCUUCAGCCUUAUUAUGGAAUGACGCACGAGGAGGUUGUCAAGUAUAUCAAGGAGGGGAAUGUGCUAAAGUGUCCGGACAAUACGCCGUCGGCGGUUUAUGAAUUGAUGAAACUGUGUUGGAGCAUGAGACCCAGUGAGCGGCCCACUUUCAGGAUGAUUCACGAGACCUUGGAAGGCAUCAAAAGCGAGAUGGAGGCUGAGCAGAAAUCGGAAAGGACACCUUUAAGGGUUAAUAAUUGAAUCAGAGGUUUGAGAUAAAAGGCUUUUGGUGGAGCAGGGUGGCCGCUGGGUUUGGAAAAACCUAGAAAUGAGGGAAAAAGUCGGGAAAUUUCGUUGGUGAGGGACUUUGGAAACAAAAAAUAGCAGAAGUCAAAGAAUUUAUGCAAUAAGCUGUUUAUGGUCAUUUUAAUUUAAAGGGAUUUUA